AUGGAUCACAGUGGUGAACGAUUCCCUCCUAUCCAUCCAGACGAUCUCAACCCAGAUCAACGGGAGAUCCACGAUGGCAUCUUCAAGAUCUUGCCAGGGGGGAACUCAAGCUUCAAAUUCAAGGACGACGAUACCGAUGCGCUCAUUGGACCUCUUCCCUGUGUCCUGACGACCCCGGUCAUUGGACGUGCGUGGCAAGCCGGCUUGGGUGCCUUGUCUCAGACAGCAAAGGCUGCCAACCCGCCCCUGAAUGCCGAAUGCCGCGAGAUUGCCAUAUUGACAGUGGGAGCUCGUUUCCAGGCCGCGUUCAUGCUGUACUCGCACGACUACGUAUCGCGUACUGAGACGACCUUUACACGCGAGCAGAUCAAGAAGCUCAUGGUGGGACGACGGCCCGAGGGAUUGGAUGAGAAGGGCAACAUUACCAUGGAUGUUGUCAAGUACCUGAUUUACGAGCCCGGUCCACUCCCAGACUAUCUUUACAAGAAGGCCGUUGAGAUCCUUGGUAAAGAAGCGACCGUUGCUCUGAUCCAUUAUGCUGGAUAUUAUUGCUACGUGUCUUGCAUCCUCAAUGGAGCAGAUAUUCCCAUUCCAGAGCCCCUCGAGUUCUAG